AUGACUGAAGUAUUGCCUGAAUUGAAAGGUGUUAUGAAAGAGAGUUCUAUAGAUUAUACUGAUGAUGGUGAUGAAUUCUCUGCUGCUUCAGCUAGAACUCCUGUUGCUUAUGCCAUUAUUGCUGCUUAUCAGUUUAGAUGGUUUGUCACUCAGUUGUAUCAGGUUGAAUAUCCACAUUUAGGACAGUUAUGUUCUUUGGUGAUACCUUGUGCAUUAACAGCUCUAGAUCAUUGGUCGCCUGAAGUCAAAGGACAAGGUAUGUUGAGUUUCAUACAUCUGGCGAAGAAUGUGAAUGCUGCUGAAUUUGGUGUUUAUGAGGAUGUGAUUCUUGAUAUUUGUUGUAAAAACAUUGCUGCGACUGAUGAAUCAUGGCAUUACGUGGUUGAGAUGUCGGUGCUUAUGGUGACUUGUACUCAGCGAAAGAACCCUCGUAGCUCAUGGUUUGAGAGGAUGAUGAAUGAAAUGUUAAGUCAUUUGGAGCGUCAACCAAUGCAUAAAGAUCGUCGUAAUUCAUGGCUUGAACUCAUUGAACCUGUUUUUAACAGCAUGGGGAUUGUCUUAUUGGCACACUUUACACGCAUUUUUCCACUUCUUUUUCAGUGGAUGCAUGCUGAUGAUGAUAGAAUAGUUAUACUUGUGCUUGAAAGGGUUCAGACAAUUAUCAAGUUAACCUGGAUCAGGAACACACCUUAUAACGAAAGAUUGGUAGAAGAGCUUACUGUUACCCAUAAAGAAGCAGCUCUUAGAAGAUCUCGUGAAGAAAUCCGAAACCAAGUUCUUCAGAUUCUGGUCUUGCUUCAUAAAUGCAAGGGCACACAGUUUGAAGCAGUCUGGGACAAGUACAGGGACGACCCAAACUUAAGAACUCUUUCAUUAUUUUUAUGCAAAGAGACUGCGGCUGUGGUUGCUCACUGAUGGGGAUUGAAGGCUCUGAAGUUGUUACGCAAGAGCUUAUAAUCAGUGAAGAAUUGCUUUGAAGGUAUUGGUUACUCAAUAGUUGGUGUAAAUUUGUCAUCCAGUUGCAAUGUUUUCACCCAUUGAUGAUUUUGAAGACCCUUAGACCGUAUCCAGUGUUAGAGUUCAUAGUUGCAUUCAAUUAGAACAGUUGUACCUGCAUCCUAAUUUCAAGUAACUUCUAUAAUUUAGAUUAAUAGAGAGAUGAUCCUUAUGCUGUUAAGAGGAAAUAGAAGGAAAUCUAGCUAACUGACUAUUGAAUGCAUUUGAGAAUUCAAAACUAUCAUGUAUAUUUACAUUAUUUUUAAAUCAAAGUAUCUUU